AUAGACUUAAUUACAAAAGAGUUCCGAGGAUCAAAAACGUCCAACUACAGUCUGGAAAGCUUCGAAAUGUGACAUGGGAACAAGAGUCCGCCUUCUGUAAAAGAGAUGACGUUACGGUUAUCUUCAGUGGACAGGAGAAUCAACCACUUGAAAUGAUCAUCUUACAGAGUAAUGAGAAGAAGUAUUCCCUGAGAAAUGAGGCAGAAAAUCAGUUGAUCUUUGCUACCUCACAUGGAAACAGAUUCUCUCUACCGAAGUUGGAACACAUAAUCAGUGAAGAUGUUGAUGAAGAGGAUUCCAUUUCGAGAGAAGUGACAAGCAGUGAAGCGGUUGGAGGAGAGACUACCAGUUCGACAGUAACAGUCUCGCCACAAGGAAUUUCUGGAGAAUAUGAACUGGCCUAUUUAGCGAAAAAUGAAGAUGGAAACGAAAGAAAAUUUUGGCUCCUUCAAGAAAGCAAUACACAUUUAGGCUUUUCUUGGAUUCCCUUCAGUCCUUCGGGUAUCAAAGACUUAGAGCUGCAAUUAUAUAUCAGUUUGCUUUCAAAGACUUCUAUCAUACUCAGUGUGGAUACAACGUCUGCUUCAUUGAAUGCUAUUGGAGAAGCAUGUACGGAUUCAGCAUAUUAUGUCUCAGGGAGAACAGGCAAAUGGUUGUCACCUACGUUAGGAGAACAUAGACUUAAUUACAAAAGAGUUCCGAGGAUCAAAAACGUCCAACUACAGUCUGGAAAGCUUCGAAAUGUGACAUGGGAACAAGAGUCCGCCUUCUGUAAAAGAGAUGACGUUACGGUUAUCUUCAGUGGACAGGAGAAUCAACCACUUGAAAUGAUCAUCUUACAGAGUAAUGAGAAGAAGUAUUCCCUGAGAAAUGAGGCAGAAAAUCAGUUGAUCUUUGCUACCUCACAUGGAAACAGAUUCUCUCUACCGAAGUUGGAACACAUAAUCAGUGAAGAUGUUGAUGAAGAGGAUUCCAUUUCGAGAGAAGUGACAAGCAGUGAAGCGGUUGGAGGAGAGACUACCAGUUCGACAGUAACAGUCUCGCCACAAGGAAUUUCUGGAGAAUAUGAACUGGCCUAUUUAGCGAAAAAUGAAGAUGGAAACGAAAGAAAAUUUUGGCUCCUUCAAGAAAGCAAUACACAUUUAGGCUUUUCUUGGAUUCCCUUCAGUCCUUCGGGUAUCAAAGACUUAGAGCUGCAAUUAUAUAUCAGUUUGCUUUCAAAGACUUCUAUCAUACUCAGUGUGGAUACAACGUCUGCUUCAUUGAAUGCUAUUGGAGAAGCAUGUACGGAUUCAGCAUAUUAUGUCUCAGGGAGAACAGGCAAAUGGUUGUCACCUACGUUAGGAGAACAUAGACUUAAUUACAAAAGAGUUCCGAGGAUCAAAAACGUCCAACUACAGUCUGGAAAGCUUCGAAAUGUGACAUGGGAACAAGAGUCCGCCUUCUGUAAAAGAGAUGACGUUACGGUUAUCUUCAGUGGACAGGAGAAUCAACCACUUGAAAUGAUCAUCUUACAGAGUAAUGAGAAGAAGUAUUCCCUGAGAAAUGAGGCAGAAAAUCAGUUGAUCUUUGCUACCUCACAUGGAAACAGAUUCUCUCUACCGAAGUUGGAACACAUAAUCAGUGAAGAUGUUGAUGAAGAGGAUUCCAUUUCGAGAGACCCUUUUUAUUUCGGUAAGCAUUUAUAUUUAUAUUUCGAUAAAUGUUUUUUGGACAAUUUAUCCGAAUCGUGUAUUAUAUUUAAAGAAGAUAUUUCGAUCCUUCUAAUCCUCCGCGUACUUUUUGUACAGUGUCAUAUGCCAGACAAGAAUGCAUGAAUGAUUACAAUGCAGGUCAGAUGUUGAGAACUCACUAUGCAGCUAAACGUAUCUACAUAGAGAAAACAUGAACUAAGCUGUCCUGCAAACCUUCACAGUAUCCGAACAAUAAUGCCAAAGCCCAUUUUGUUCAUCAAUUUACAUGUAUGUGUGGACUCACGUACAUAGAGAAGACGCAUCCGUCUCUGCAGGUUGGGAUUACAGAACAUAUUUCAAACAACAACUAUAUUCGAUGGAUACAAAUGAUCUUAGAAAUAGAUGCCCAUCAUCAUCUGUAGAGAAGCACAUUAUAGAGAUGCGUCAUAAGGUUGAUUUCAACAAUACCGUUAAGCUGAUAUGUAAAACAAGGUUGAGUCAAAUACUUAAAUUCUUCAAAGCCCUGGCUACGGAAAUAAUCCAAUCAGUGUUAUGUGUUCAAAAUUUAUUGUUUAUUUGUUAUUACUUUAAACCUGCCUUUGUAAUUCAAUUGAGAACUAAGGUUCAAUUCACUUCAUAAUAUUUUCAAACCCAUCUUUGUUUUUUUCUUUCUUACCCACGCCUUUGAGUCAAUUUUUUAAUUCCGUAACGCUCCUAGGGCCUGAAACUGGGGGCUUGAAGUUUCAGUAGCAUCGGUUUUAUUUAUGCAGAAUGAGGUUGCUAGCCUCAUAUCCGACCUCUUCUAUUUACCAGUCUUAUUACCGGUUUAGCGAGGUAAAGGAGUGCUUUGGCCGGUGAUCGAAUCGCCAACAACAUGAUAGGUGGCUGGCAAGAAUCCUACCGUCUUGCCACAGACUCUUUCUUAGAGUCAUCUGCCUACUCAUCAUUUCGCUUUUUGAUCUGUACACAGUCUCACCAUUGUUGCAUGCCUUCUAUAAAACUGUGUAUGACAAUUUCGUGUGCGGUCAAAAUGUCAAAAAUAUGUUGCACAAAUACAUCACAUGUUUUCUUAUCAGUUACCUCUCUCAUCUCCAUAUCCAAGCACAUCCUUCCUUUCGUGGUAUUCGUCAUUAUUCAAAGCGUUGCACAUAUCCUAUCUCUAUUGACUUUCAUGCGAUUGUGUAAUAUUUAACGAAUCUCCGACUAUGCGUUAAGAUUUACAGGACGUCAACGUCUCACUUGGUUGCAACUCUCUUUACAUCUUCGAUUCAGCCUACACUACACAGUCAACAUGAAAUACCUGCACUCUUCCUGAGAGUGUUAUUAACUCAAUCAGCGUGUCAUUUAGAGUGUAAUUCAAUAUUUUGUUGUAUACACUUGAGUCCACGUCAUAUCAUAUGUAUGUUGUUGCAAGUGAUGAAUGGGGACACUUGAACUACUUUCAGCCUUCCAACCGCUGAAUAACUGAGGUGAUUGAGAUCGCCAUUCUCGAAAGUAUAUUAUUGACUUAUGUUGAUGAUCCAAUAUCUGUUUCUCUUUCAGGGAUGAGGGUAGAGAACCAGAUGUAGAUGAAGAUUCCAGUUUAACAGGAUAUCUGACCAUUCAAGAAAAUGGAUCUGAGGCUUCCAUUCCGACAGAGGGGAUAUCCACGCCAGAAACUAUGCAGGCAGAUUCUAGCCUCCUAGGUGGGUUCAAUAAUUUCAUCUUUCCUUGGUUUUUAUGUCAAUAUUACGCUUCAUUUGUUUUCCUCUGAGGGUAGUUUCUUUUUCAUGGUGUUUAUGAGUUCACAAUUAACUUGUUCAUAUCGAUCCAACUGAGCUCUUGUUUUCAUCGUUUCACUGGUAAGCUGAAUCUCUAGGUUAAAGUUGUUCACAUUUGCUCUUCCUUCAUACAAUCUGACUGGUUCGCGUUUUCAUGUACUUCACAAUACCCAGCUAGUUCAUAUUUUUUCUGUUUCGCUCUUUCCUCCUUUUGUGUGUAAUUACGUUUCACUUACGAGUGUCUGUUGUCCUUGCAGCCUACUUCCGAUAGUUUUGAUUCUAUCGCUUUCUUCAGUGUCCACUACAGUUUAGUCUUAAAUAUUUUUCGUUUCAUAAUCUCACAAUUAGUGAUUAUCUGUGGGGAAUACUCCUUCAUAUUGCAAUGGAGACUUGCACACUUCCACGAUUACUUUUCCAGCUUCUCUGCCUACAUGUAUUCUUCGGGGUUCCGUUAUUUGCAGACUCAAUUUUCUGUCGACAUUCACGCUUAUAUUCAAUAAGAUUCACUGACACAAGUUACUAUUCCUGAAUAAUUUGAUGAAUCAGCCAUCGUAGGCUGUCUGAUUACUUCUUGGUGCAGUGUAACAUGGUAUUAUCGGUGUCAAAGUCAGAGACUCAUCUACCAAAUUCUAUGGCCUAUGGAAUUAGCCCCAUUGUUCACAGAAGAAGUGGUGUACACAUCGUUGGUUAUAUGUUCAGAUUAAUAAGAUUGUGUGUUUGAAAAUUGACAGACACUUAGACAGUGAGAUACAAUCCCACUUGCAAAGUGACUUAAACGUUGUUCACAGAAACAGAGUCUUAUUCUCCUACAUCAUUCUCACCGCGAGGCAGUAUUGUUCAACUUAUUUCCACCAUACAUGCAUAAUUCCACCCAUUGCAGUAUGCUACAUCUUUCUUUAACCUACAUUUCGCAAUAUUUUCAAUGUAAUAUUUUUAGAAUUGAAGUCACCUCAGUCCAGAAUUAUAAUUAUAAUAAGUAAGUGAUUCUCUGAUCAUUUCCUAAUAUUCGCUAACUCCAACAUUUAUUCCUUUGCCGGUGACUUUUGUUUAGUGUGGUAUUCCUCAGAUGGUUGUCUCAGUGAAGUCAGUUUUCAAGUCGAGUAGUAGAAACUGUGAAUGACUUACUCGAUUUCUGAUUUAUAUGAUCAGUGUGAGAAGGGUGGCUUGUGACAGAUGUGCUCUUUCAGGAAGCAUCCACCCAUCUGUGUUUAGUCAGAGAAAGCUGAAGUAUUUACAGUGAGAACCUGUGCUAAUCGAUUUGUGAGUAACACGGAGAACAUCACAUAACUCAAAACAGAAAUAUCGCACCGGUUUACUUAUGCUUUAUACAUUGACGUUAUUAUUCAAGUAUAUGAAUACAAGAGAUAUGGUCAGCUGAAGGGAGAUUUUGUUGCGACUGUCCGUUAAACACAGUAACUGUACUAGCCGGAAAUAUGUGUUAGAUUGAAGAAGGUUUGAUGUGAAUUUGUUAAGAGAAGAUGAGCGCCCAGGCGAUUGAAAGUAACACGAGAAAGAACCGAAUUCAUUUGACAAACUCAAUCCGACCGUAGUUUGACUCUCAGGGCGAUAUCAGUGCUGUACGUUUAUUCAGACUGUAGCAGAACUAUCAAUCACGCAAGAUCCCAUGUGAGACAAAGAUAUCCAGUGUUGAUGGGCUGAACAGUGGGUAUUGGAUCGAUGUUCAGUAAUUACAAAUAUUCAUCCGUUAUGAUAAUAAUGUUAGGCUUCCUUAUGCAGUACACUAGUGAAUGAAAGUUUUCAUUUCUAAGACAUUCAUCAGCGUAGAAAGCACCAUCAAAUGAAUUGAUUAAGUCAAUCAGUGAGAUAAUGUGCCAUCAGAAAUAUAUUACUAUGACAUGAUUGUCAACGUCAUUUAAUGUGAACUAUGUCGAGACCUUAUUGCAUCCUUUCUCAUUCGUUUUGAUCUUCCGACAAUAAACAAUAUUGUGAAGAAACAGCAUAACACGAUCAUUAUUAAAGAGUAUGGGUGACUACGAAACACUAUGCCACGAUCCCUACGUAAUAAGGGAUGCCUUUAUACGAGCCAGAAACUGAGAAUGACUAUUGUUCGACUAGAUGCUCACAUACUUUACCUGUAACAAGGAGGUCAUUGAAAAAGUCGCAGAGUAGGACGUCUGCCUGAGAACUCGAAUUAUGGAAAAUAUAUCCCGAGUUCGAGUCCUACACACUCAGGUUAUCCCAUCUGUGUGACUGGGUGGUAUCAUCAAUCUCCACAUAAAAAACCUGCAGCUCACAACCCUCUACAUAAACGAUCUACUCCACCCUGAACACUAGACCAAACACACCAAUAUAGAAGGUAAACACACAUGCAUUAGGUGCGUACAUUAUUGGGUAGAUUGCUUACGAGUUGGACUAAUUCACCGCUGCUAAUAUUUUAUUUUUGAUUACAGCUUGAUUCCACACCGUAUUUUUGGUACAUGUGUGGAAUUUUCAGCGUGGAUAUCGGUAGCCCAAAAUUCGCAGGCCGACCAUAAAUAUCAGGUGUGCGUCGGCGUGGGCUUGAACCCCUGACUAUGUGCAUGGUCGUCGAGAGUCCUAACCACUGUGCCACCGACGCAGUACAUCUAGUUUUCACAGAAUCCACUUGUAAAUACUGUUUUUCUCUGUUUCUCCUAGGUAUUGUCGCAUUGGUUCUAGUCAUCUCAAUCUCUCUGGUGAUUGUCAUCUUACAUUUUAUGAAGAUUCUGUAACCGUAUGGUGUAAUUACUCUGCUUUCAUUUGUACAAAUCGAUAAUCCCAUACACAUUUGCUUAUUUUUGUUAAUAAAGUUAUCACCGUCAUC